GAGUUCAUGAGAGAAGUACUGUGGGAUUCACUGCAAUAUGGGCGUUGUUUUCCCGACUCCUCUGAAAGGUGUGGCGACUUUUUACGCAUAUGUUAAAUUCUUCCUCAGACUUCAAUCUUCUCCUUGCACUUAGAGUAAAACGUCUCUCGUAAACCACAACGAUGUCUGUUUGGGAUGACUUGGACCUGCUCUUGGACAACCCCUCCUCCUCACUGACUGUGCCAUCCAGUGCAAGAGGAACUGUGAAGGACAAGGGAAAUUUCAAAGUGGAGGAAGAUGUGUCUGCCCUAAGGAAGGCCAUAGAGGGCGUGGGUACAAACGAAAAGACUCUGAUCGAGGUGUUGACCCAAAGAAGCAACGCUCAGCGUCAGCUCAUCGCCAAGGCUUAUGAGAAAGCCACAGGACGGACAUUGAUAGCUGACCUGAAGGGCGACACUCAUGGAGACUUUGAAGACCUGUUAGUAGCCUUGGUCACUCCUCCUGCUCUCUAUGACUGUCGUGAAAUCAUCAAAGCUAUGAAGGGCGCCGGGACCACAGAAAGUACACUGACAGAAAUAUUUGCUUCGAGAUCCAACAGGCAGAUCAAAGAAAUGGCUGAAGCAUACUUGGCAGAAACGGGAAGGUCGAUGAGUCAAGGUCUGCAGUCGGAGGUAUCUGGGGAUUAUAGAAGUGCACUGCUCAUCUUGGCUGAGGGGAAGAGAGAUGAAAACACCAACGUGGAUACAGCCAAAGCAAAAGCUGAUGCUCAGGCCUUGUAUGCUGCAGGAGAGAAGAAGUGGGGAACUGAUGAGGCAAAGUUUAUUGACAUCCUGUGCCACAGAAGUAUUCCUCAGCUUCGGCAAACUCUGACUGAGUACAAGAAUAUUAGCAAGAAGACUCUGGAGGAGAGCAUUAAGAGCGAGAUAUCAGGGAACCUGGAGACACUGCUUGUGACCAUUGUCAAGUGUGUGAUGAAUGUCCCAGCAUACUUUGCUGAGCAGCUUUACGAGAGCAUGAAGGGUGCAGGGACCACUGAGUCCAUUCUGACCAGGAUACUAGUCAGUCGCUCAGAGAUCGAUCUGGCGGACAUCAAAGUGGCGUUCAAGAAGCUGUAUGGCUGUUCUCUCUACAGCCGGCUAGAGUCUGAAGUAUCGGGUGAUUAUGGAAAAACCCUCAAGUCUCUGUGCGGCCAAGGGGAAUAACUCCUCCCAGCUUCUGUACUGGGAGCGUCACACCAUUAAGCUUCACACCACAGCAGAUGAAUAUGACCUGUAUCUAACACGACCAGCUGCAAACAUCAAGAACAGCUUCAUAUUGAUACAUUUAGUUGAACUUUAACAAUGUUUAGAACUAUUUAGGGGGGAAAGUAUUGAAUGUAUCUAAUUUUCAUGAAAAAUCUUAAAGACAUUACAGCUGAGACUGGAUGAUUUAUACACAAAUGAAGAAUUAGGAAAGGGCAAUUAUUCAUGGACCCAUAAUAGUUAAAUGUCUGUGACUGAUUUAUCAUGUAACUUCACAGUUCUUUUAUUAUAUAAAGAACUGUCUUAACUUCUGCAUUUAAUAAAAUGAAAUACUGUAUUCAUCUAUUUGAUGCAAGAUGAAAAAAGAUUUAUUAAAAAAAAAAUUUUAUUUCA